AUGUUGGCGAUGCACAGGAAUAAUUACUCCCGAAAAGGAACGAAGACAAUCUUCGCUUUGUGUCGAUCUUUUAUGGUGUUCAGCUCGCGAAGCGAAGUGAUCACGAAAACAGUGGCGGAAAUGAAUAUAUCAAAGCAGCAUCCAAUGAAAUCGAAUACAGUCUUGAGUAAAGGAGUUUCGGGUGUAAGGCAGUAGAACAGAACAAACAAGCAAGCUAUAGAAGCGUUCUUGCAUAGUUCUUAUUUUUAUGCAAGCGAAAAUGAAAUGAAAAACCCACGAGACGAGAGUCAAGAAAUGACAGGGUGAAGCUGGUAGACUAAAAGUAAGUGGCUUCUAUAACUUUUUUGACUUAUGAUCUUGUAAUGGGAAACAAAUAUACGUAAAAAAUAGUUCUUCUUCAUUAGGAACGCAGCAAUUAGUUUCUGAAUGAGUUGUAUUCCCUACAAAAAUUGAUUAGUUAGGUAAGAGUUUUAUCAAAAAAUGGCGGGCGACGAAAUCUUGAUUCGGCUGACGACUGGUGCGGGGCGCACCCGCUUUGCUGUGCCGGCAACCGCGACGUUGAAAGACUUAAAGGAGAAGAUUGAAGCGGUAUUCAUUAAUUAUCCAGCUCCGUGUGCAGACGACGUUUUAUUUGACAGAAACUAGGCCUGUUUCGUUGAUCAGCAUGGUCAGCUACUUUCAUUCUUCUACUCCUAGACACCAUAUUCUUUCAUCUUUCAUCAAAUUUCCCACAGCAAACCUCCGUUCCUUGGACGCAACAGCAGCUUUGCUUUGAGGGGAAUAAGCCUGUGCCUAAUACUCAUGGAUCCCGUAUCGCCGAGAUGGGUAUGCGGAAUGGCACCAUGCUCUUUUUGUCGAAUUCGAAGAAUGCGGAAAUCAAAGCGACUGUUAGCAACAAAGAAAACCUUCUGGCCAAAAACGAUGCAGCAAGCAGACCGAUGAGUAGUGCAUCAACAGUAGUUGAAGCUGGCGGCAGCAGUGGUGCUCAACAGCCAAGUUCAAGUAGUGGAGGAGCAACGUCUAGCAGUUCCUCCUCAGCACCCGUUGCUGCUGCUCCGAAAGGAAAUCCUGGCCUAGUUGGUGGGUAUGGCACGACGUCGGGAAAAGAAGUGCCUGCGUCAGCUUUAGCCGCAAUUACAGGAAGCUCAACUGCAGGAGGAAGCAGCUCGUCAUCCGCGUCACCGAAGAAACCUGUCGAAAGCACUGGCAUUCUGGUAAACGGAAAGCCGAUGGAACUAGGUAUUGCUAUUGACCUUUACAUCCUCCUUACAUACUCUAGUGAAGGUAAAACGAAGGUAGAAGACUCUUUUCAAAAGAACACACAAACCAUAAUUGCAAUUAUGCUACAACUAAGAGGAAAUUCCAUCACGCCAGUGAAUUUUUUAGCAUGAUGAACGCUUUUUCCCACAUGCUUGCACACAGCGAAAAAAAACGAUCCGACGCACGUUUCUUUCGAGAAAUUUUUACAGCAACGGCGGUUUGAAACGGGUUCCCUUCCCGGCAUGCAACGCUAUUUGCCCGUUAAAAUUGUGAGGGGGAAGCAAAACAAACUACCGACGCCGAUUACGCUAGCGCACCAGAAGUUCCGACACGUGGAUUAUCUAGAGUACUACUGUCAUUGUAGACGAGCACUUGUGCCUCCCUUCCACAAUGAAAAUUCAUUAGUAAAUAUUUUUCAUGUAGGUGCAUGAGUCUUUGUGCAUGUGCGCUUCUCCUACUCGGCCACGAUGAUCAAAUGCUCCUAGGUACAUGAACGAAGCUGAAAUUCAAAAUUUCGUUGGUCACUGGCGAUCAAAGGACAUGAUGGAGCAGCGAGGCGGGUAUAUGUAUGGCUACUACAGACCUGACAAGCACGUAGAGCUGGGAGUACGUGCUGUAAUGGAAGGUACUUUUUUUUUCUAUAGACGUACACGUAGUUUUUGGCUUUGUCUUUUUGUGGACAAAACAAACAUGUUCUUUAUUUCUAUCCGAAGAACCAAGUACUUCUAUCAUCCUACCAUUUUUCCCUUCUCCCUUCUCUCCCCCACACAAAUACAGCAAUCUACGAGCCUCCACAGAGUGAACAGGACCAUGUUACGUUUUCGAAUUUGCCUGACGACGGUACGAAAAUAGCUGACCAGGUUGCAGAAAGACUAGGACUGGAGAAGAUUGGGUGGAUUUACACCGCGUUGCCAAAGGAUGAACUGCUCAACUCCCAGGAAGUGUUGGAAAUCGCGAAGCUGCAACAAAAGUACUACUCGAUUAUACUCUGUUUUGAUCAUGAUGAAGUGACUAUGCUUACGGCCAUCUACAUCUACAUAUCCAACAUUCUACUGAUUUUAAGCAACAUGCUGAAUUUCUACAGCAAAACACUACUACUCCACAUGAUGGCGACAAGUUGAGAGAAUACCGUCUGGCUACAUGCGUACUUAACCGAUCCAUGUACAUCUACAUAUCCAACAUUCUACUGAUCUAUUUAAGCAACCUACAUCUUAUAUUGAUUUUUCCACCAAGUUUUUGCUCGUUGGAGAGAAGCAAAUCGAAGGAUGACCAUAUCAUCUGAUCCAAGGUAUCGUACUUCUGCGCAUUACUCUGGUUACGAGUGCAGCACGUUUGUCACGUGUACAGUACGUCCAGAUCCAGAAAACGGAGGAAAUCCAGACACGAAGGUCUUCCAAUGUAGCGACCAGGCUAGCGCGAUGUUGCGAGACGAAUGCUUGGACCUCGAUAACUUAUGCUUUGUCGUCUUCCACAAGUGACAUACUACUGCUACUACAUACUCCACAAGUGACAUACUCCACAAGCGACAUCCUAGAAUGGGUUUACUACUACUACUACUACUACUACAUAUUUUUUUGUUCGAGAGAAUAUAUGACUUUGGUCUUCUUCGGUCUCAUUCCUUUACCUUUUGGAAGAAUUUAGGGUUUCUAAAUACCCCAGACCCGAAAAGCAUCAGAAUCCGAAAGGGUGGAGACGGAGAGGUGAUGCCAGCAGUCUUGCAAAGCGGUAAGGAUGCAGGUACCUUUGACCCGGAUUGGUUUAUCGUGAGAGUAAACGAUGGUGUGCCGCGUAAGCGCAAGAAGAGCAUCUUCGCCCACAGUAAAUUUCCAGUGGAAAACCGAGGACCGGGUAGCAAGCAGCAAAAUCGUCAGGCUUUGCGCGACUACAUUUAAGAAAUUGUGAAUUUUGGAAGUUACUGUUUCGUCGAUUGGCUAAACUACCUCUCAAAAACUUUUCCAUUUGUCAGUCUUGAGAGGAAUGGUUUCAUCGCUGACUAGCAAGGGAAAUUACAUUCAUUCAUUCAUUCAUAAUAAGGCUAGAAGUACUAUGAUAGUUACACAAUAAAUGGUGUAGUUCUUAUUUUGCUUGUUGUAAAGGGAAAUUACAGCCUUGUAAUGUCUAGUACUAUGAUAGUUACACAAUAAAUGGUGUAGUUCUUUUGCUUGUUGCAAUUGCUUUUCCUUCCUCUUCUAAGCCAAGCGCACUGUCAAGACCGGUCCGGGUCCGAACUGGGCACGCUUCGCGGAUUUUCAUUUGCUAGUCUGGCUCGCGCACGAAUUCGAUUUGGAAACGGUGUACCAGUUGUGCGAUUCUAUUCGGGAUAGAAAAGACGUGCUGCCAGGAAUCAUAGAGAUGGUGGAAAGCGUCUAGUACUUUGCGUCUAGCAAUUUGCCGUACGAAGCAGUGCUCUAGCACCAAAUGCCUCGUUUGAGUAGCUCCUGCUGGGAAUGCACUACCCUAAGGCCAUUUUUUUGAAGGAAUACCCAUACUGCUAGCUCGAAAGAUCCAGGACGCUCUUACGACUCCCCUACUGAGCAGCGUGCUACCGAUCGAAGGAUCCAGGACGCUCUUACGACUCCCCUGCAGGAGCCUGGAAUUGAAGAACACGCAAACAACCUAUAUUUUUCAGUUGUAGUCGGAUGCUUCAUUUCCAAAAGAUGAAUAGCUUUGAUUUCUCAUGUUUGUACUAGGAUGAGUGCGUCUAUAUGAUCUUCUCCAACUCAAGAUAUUAUGUGAGUGGUUUCCCGAUGUACUCUGAGAAGUAGUCGUUUUUGUGAGCAUUUUGGGUAGUAUUUUUGACUUGUACCUCCUCAUAUUUAUAACCACAAAGUCCGGUGACCACAAUUAUGAGACAUUUCUAGAUGAAGAUGGUUCCCUUGUAGAGAUGCGGAGGGUGUCGACCACAAAGAUCUCAUUAUGAUGAUGUACAUACUUGAUUAUGAAAUGAACUUUUUUAUUGUUUCCUCUUUAGGAGGAGCGAGGUCGUCUCUGCUAGUACCGCAGACACGAUUCUUGUGCAGCUUGCUUGCGUGUCAGCAGUCAUUUCAACGGACAAGCAGAUUCCACAAGACAGCAGGUGUCCUCCAAGGAAUUUUUCAAGCACAGAUGAUACUUUUAUAUGUUUUUUGAUGAACAUCACGGGAGACACCAGACAGGGGUUAUCUGCCAGACAGGGGUUCUUGUUACAUCUUCAUCAUCAUUUUUACAAGG